AGCAGGAUUCAUCUACCAGCAAGAUGGCCGAAAAAAAGAUGACACCAAGUCGCAGAAACCAUCUCAAGAGCCUGCUGCUGCAGAUUGGUCAGGACAUGGUGGAAGAGCAGGAACGAGAGGCGGAGGAGGAGAAGAGGACGUACAUGCAGGACAACUGCCCCCGUCUGUCCAUCCCAGGCUGCAUGCAUGAGCUCCAGGAACUGUGUCGGCAGCUUCACAAGCAGAUCGAUUUGGUGGAUGACGAGCGAUAUGACAUCCAGAUCAAAGUGACAAAAUCCAACAAAGAGAUCGAGGACUUGAAGCUGAAGGUUCAGGAUCUGAAUGGGAAGUUUAAGAAGCCGACCUUGAGGAGGGUGCGGAUGUCAGCUGACGCCAUGCUGGCCGCCCUGCUGGGCUCCAAACAUAAAGUGUCCUUAGACCUCAGAGGCAACCUGAGGCAGGUCAAGAAGGAGGUCAAGGAAGAGGAGAAACAAACAGGCGACUGGAGGAAGAACAUUGAAGACAAGGCGGGGAUGGAUGGCAGGAAGAAAAUGUUUGAGACGGAGGCCUGAAUUUUAUUGUUUAGUUCUGCUGUUGACCAGCAUGACUAUAUUUGUUGUGAUGUGAAUCAGUAUUGUCAAUCUUGUGCAUGAUAAACAGACUAAUGUAUGUUUUUACA